AAACUCUACACCCGUAAUCAAGUGUUGUCCUGAUCAGAGCUCUAUAAAUAUCCAUCAACGAUUGUCUAUCAGCACCCCUUUCACCAACUUCUUGUACUUUGUUUCAAAAUAUGAUGACAUUUUCUUUAUACGGAACACCUUGGGAACGGCUGCAACUUAACUUUUUUUAAACGGAACCGGAAAUAUGAAUUUAUAGCAAGAAUGCGAAUCAGCUGAUUCUGUGAAAGUAUAUGACCCAAUUUGACAAUAACCGUCCGGUCGGUCAGUUGACAAAAGUGAAACGGAUAUAUUUUGCUUACAAAAAUAGUAAUAUUAUUAUGAUUUUCAUAAGUUCCUGAGAAUGUUCUUGUUGAAUUGAGGGUUUGUAGUCUCGCGUGCGGCGGUUUUCCCUUCGCGAAGUGUUUUUGGCAAAGAUUUUCGCUGGCUCUGCAUGUCCAGCAUCCCUGGCCUUUGUUGUUAAGUGACCGCAAACAACAGAACAAAACAUGAUGGAAAUCCAAAAUAAUGAGUCGAGACGAUUGCUUGAUGCAGAAAAUGGAGAAGAAGAGACAGGCGUAAGGUCGGAACAGGACGAAUAUCUUGACAAGGUGAAGAAUGGAAAGUUGUACCUUGCUACUUUUGCAGCAGUCCUUGGCCCCCUGAGUUUUGGGUUCGUGUUAGGGUACAGCUCCCCUGCCAUCCCUGAACUAAGCACAAUCACUGACCCGAGAUUACAACUAGACAAAGAAGAGGCUUCCUGGUUUGGGUCUAUCGUGACGAUAGGAGCUGCUAUAGGGGGUCUACUCGGCGGUUGGAUGGUGGACAAGAUCGGGAGGAAGCUGAGUCUUAUGUUCUGCUCCAUACCUUAUAUCUUUGGUUUUACAAUCAUCAUUGCUGCUCAGAAUGUCUGGAUGCUGUAUCUUGGAAGGGUCCUCACAGGACUGGCAAGUGGGGUUACAUCUCUAGUGGUCCCACUGUACAUCUCAGAGAUGGCCCAUGAGCGUGUCCGUGGGGCAAUGGGCUCCUGUGUUCAACUCAUGGUGGUCACAGGAAUCAUGGGAGUAUAUAUAGCAGGGCUGUCACUGGACUGGCGCUGGCUAGCGAUCUGCUGCUCCAUCCCUCCCACCCUGAUGAUGGUGUUCAUGUGUUUCAUGCCUGAGACGCCCAGGUUCCUGCUCUCUCAGGGUAAACGGAAGGAAGCUGAGGAGGCACUGCGCUUUCUGAGGGGGCCAGACGCCCCUGCAGAGUGGGAGUGUGCCCGCAUCGAGGAUGCUUCUGACGACCAGGGAGGUAGUUUUGGGAUGGCUGAUUUUAAGGAUCCUGGAGUAUACAAGCCCCUUGGAGUGGGCAUCAUGUUGAUGCUCUUCCAGCAGCUCACCGGUAUCAACGCCAUCAUGUUCUAUGCUGAGACUAUCUUUGAGAAGGCCCAUUUUAAGAACAGCAAUGUUGCUACGGUAGUUGUAGCAGCAACCCAGGUAGUAUUCACUGCAGUAGCAGCAUUGGUCAUGGACCGCGCUGGAAGGAAGCUUCUCCUCAUCCUCUCUGGUGUGUUUAUGUGUCUAAGCACUGCUGCCUUUGGUGUCUACUUCAAGUUGUCCAGUGAAACCCAUGGUAACUCCUCAGGACUCUCUCUGGUAGAGAGUCCCCUUGCCCAGAACCCUGCGGCUGAUCUGUCAUGGCUCGCACUGUCCAGCAUGGGCUUCUUCAUCACAGGGUUCUCUCUUGGUUGGGGUCCCAUCCCCUGGCUGGUGAUGUCAGAGAUCUUUCCCACGCGAGUAAAGGGGUUUGCCAGCUCUGUUUGUGUCCUCACCAACUGGGGCUCUGCCUUCGUCAUCACCAAGACCUUCCAGAACCUGAUGGAUCUCCUAACCAGUGCUGGAACCUUCUGGCUGUUCUCUGGGUGUUGUGCGCUCAACAUAGUCUUCACCAUCAUCUUUGUCCCGGAGACCAAAGGCAAGACUUUGGAGCAGAUCCAGGCACGUUUCAAAGGGACUCCAGAACAAUUAAGCUACAAUAGACCAACUUAACAUCAAUGCCAAAUAUAACCUCAGCAAGGACAGUACAGUUUGGAGGGUCUCAUGAUACCUUGUGAUUGAUAGUUCUCUGGAUGGUCCUUUAAGAUGGGAUAAUCUAUCGCUUUCUCUUACUUGAAAAAGUAUAAUGGUUGUGGCUGAGUAUUAUGCUCUACUCUGACUUAGUAGCGGGUCCUGGAGUCUGGGCUUUUGGCCUGUUGGGCAUCCUGAAUGAACGCUGGACCUCUUAAGCGAGCUUUUAAUGGUACUUUUACUAUUUCUUUUCACUGGAGUAAUUAAAUUCACACAUUCAAGAAAAUAUUUAUGAACCCGAGAUAUUUGUAAAUUUUACUUAUUGAUAAUAAUAAGAACAAUUACACAAACAUAAUGAAACCCUUUUUGUAUGUAUUAUUUUUUACAGUACACAAACGGUUAUUGCAUUAUUCAAAUGUGAGAACACAAAUGUUUUAGCCCAUAAUGAUAAUUGAAUAGUUCCAAAAAUAAUAUUUUGUUGUUGGCUGAUGUAAUGUUCUGUUUAUACCAUGUGGGUAUACUAUGGGUUACUGAUGCACUUGUAAUACAGGUAAAGCUGUUAAACUAAUGCACUGAGCACAUCUACACAACACUGACACUUUCUAUACAGGUGAACCUUUGAACAUAAAGAACCAGGAGAAGCAGGAACUGUGUUAUGUUUUUAAAUGUCGUUUCUGUACAUUUGUAAGUGUGCACUAAUGUCCUCUUGGAAUUAUAAUUUUUCAUGUCUUUUCAAAUAACUAUGUUAAUACUCUUUUUCCACCUUUCUAAAAAAAAGUAUGUAAUUCAUGUGAUUUUGUUAAGAAUGGUUGUGUGAAUACAAUUUAAAGUAUCAAUGCAUACUGUAAUUUAAUUGACCAUUCCAAAACAUUUGAACUCAAAGUGCUACACUCGUGAAUUGUAUAAUAUCGUGUUAAUAAAAGAGAUUUGUCUAUCAUA